GCUCCGCCCAGCGGGCGCAGCCGCGGGCGCUCCGCUCAGCCCCGAGACGCUGUGCGCGGUAGGGGACGUGCGGCCGAGCGCCGGGACCUCGGCUCCGGCCCCGGGAUGGUGCUCCUGGCGGCGCCCGGGCCCGAUGGGGACGGAGGGGCGCGCUGCCUGUCCCCGUCCCCGUCCCCAGCCCGGGACGCGCAGGCGGACGAGGACCCAGCCGACGACGGCGAGGACUUCGAGGACUUCGCCUGCCUGCCCGGUGCCCGCAGCGUGGCCGCGGACGACGGCUUCUACCCGCCGGGGCGCGGCGAAGAGCGGGGCGCCGCUGAGCGAGAAGGCACCCCCGAGCCCGUCCCGGUGCCCGCGGGCGCCACUCUGCUGCGUGCAGCCGGCGCCAACGACGCGGGGCUGUUGCGGGCGCUGGCGCGGCGCGGGCUGAGCGCCGAGGAGGUGCGGGAAACCGAUCGCAACGGCCGGACCAGCCUUAUUGUCGCCUGCUACCACGGCUUUGUGGACACUGUGGUGGCCCUGGCAGAGUGUCCCCACGUUGACGUCAACUGGCAGGACAGCGAGGGGAACACGGCUCUAAUCACAGCCGCACAGGCAGGCCACGCCACCAUCACCAACUACCUGCUGAACUACUUCCCCGGCCUGGACCUGGAGAGGAGAAACGUGUUCGGCUUCACAGCCCUGAUGAAAGCUGCCAUGCAGGGCCGCUCGGAGUGCGUCCGCGCCCUGAUGCUGGCUGGGGCAGACGUCCAUGCCCGGGACCCCCGCCGCGGGAUGUCUUCGCAGGAGUGGGCUGCGUACACCGGCCGCGUGGAGGCGGUGCGCGUCAUGCAGAGGCUGCUGGAGCGACCCUGCCCGGAACAGUUCAGUGACAAGUACAAGCCAGAGCUGCCGCCAGCACCCGAGCCUGCCCUGAAGCCGGCGGGAUCCAAGAACUGCUGGCAGCGGCUCUCAGAGUUCUUGCGGUGUACACUCCGCUCCCGCGCUGCUCAGGGCCUGGAGGACGGGGGCGUGCUGGAUCACAUGGUCAGGAUGACCACGAGCCUCUACAGCCCAGCCGUGGCCGUCGUGUGCCAGACUGUGUGUCCGGAGAACCCGCCCUGUGUGGGGAAAAGGCGCCUGGCGGUGCAGGAGAUACUCGCAGCCGGGAGGAACCCAGACGCCCCUGCCCAGGGCCGAGACAAGGAGACCGCCGAGGAGCGGCUCCGGGCCCCCGAGGCGCGGGGGGGCUCCGGCCUCGCGUCUCCCCAGCAGCCAAAGGGACCCGCUCCAGUCUCGCGGAAGGCCAGCCUCCUGCCUCUGCAGCUGCUGCGGCGCGGCAGCGUGCGGCCCGGCGUGGUGGUGCCCAGAGUGCGCGUCAGCAAGGCGCCGGCGCCCACCUACCAGCCCGAGCGCGCGGCCCGCAAGGGCAGCACCAAGGACAGCGCCCACCUACAGCUCCCCAAGUGGCGGUACAAGGAGGCCAAGGAGGAGAGGCGGCGGGCGGAGGAGGCCGAGAAGCAGCGCCUGGCCGAGGCGCAGAAGGAGAGGCGGGCGCCGCCCUGGAGGAAAAGGACGUGAGCCGUGCGCCGGCGGGGCGCCGAGGACGCGGAGGCUCGGGAGCUGCUGGCGCCCCGCGCACCCUGCACCUGCCUCCGGUCCCUGG